GGGUAUCUUUUCCUUGAUGUGGUCCACAUUUUUGUCGACUGGUGUGGCUGAUGCUCACUUCGAAAUUGUAGCAAUCACACUCAAACAGAGCUUCACUCAUUGUUGUCAAUGCUGUCGGGAAAGGUGCUUUGUCGCGGCCUGCAGCGCGCGUUGAGGGCGCCGCAACAGAUGCGUAGCCUCGCAGUCGCCGUUGAGAAGGUGGACGACGACAUCCCGGAGGCCUCGUGCCGCCCAGAAGCCAAAGGACCGGAUUGCUGGAAGUGCCACCACGCGACGGACUGCUGCUCCUUCUUUUGCAAAUCGUGCAAUGCCAUCCAGCCCAUCGACAAGGGCUGCCACUGCGACUACUUUGAGAUGUUCAAAGUGCCCAAGAAUUUUAACCUGGAGCAGCGCAGCAUCGAGAAAACGUACUGGAACUUACAGAAGCGUCUGCAUCCAGACUUGUACGGAUCCAAGUCAGAGUUUGAGAAGGAGCUUUCUGCUGUGAAUGCCGCUGUCAUUAAUGAUGCAUACAAAAUGCUGAAGACGCCCAACACGCGUGUUAAAUACUUGCUGGCAUUGCAUGGGAUCGAUGCACUCGGUGAGACUGCAAGCACUGCUGUGGAUCCCGAACUGCUGAUGCAGACGAUGGAGAUCCGAGAACGCAUCGCCGAAGCACCGGAUGUGAACGCGCUGCACGAGAUUCGUAAGGAGAUCUCGGAGCACAUUGACUCCAUCAUUAACAAGCUUGGGGAAGUAUACGACAAGGAUCAGGACCUCGAAUCAACGAAGCAAUACGCAGUCGAGCUCCAGUACAUGGUCAAGUGCGCAGAAGAGAUCGACCUAAGGGAAGAAAAGCUGGACGAAUAUUAGAAAGUGUCAAUAACUGUCCAGCGCUGUUGUCAUGUCAGGUAUAUUUUCCCAGCGCCAGUUCUGUUGUGUGGUACUUGAAGUAAUAUUGCAACAGAAUUGCGGUGUUCACGCUUUUCGGAUUGGAGUACAUGUGCGUGUGCUGCUACAGUACUGUUGAAUCGUCCGUGAAUCUAAAGAAAAGGCAACUAAACUUGCCUGAGCCCAACUGAUCCGCUCUGACCGCGUCUCUACCGCCUACCACCACGCUGGCGAACACUGAGCUCGAGUACUGUGUCGUUUAUGAAAUUGUAGUGCGCGCAUGUGAGGGCAUCCUUGACGAAACCCAUCGAGAACUUGAGCUGCUGCUUGUUCACCGGCAUGUUCAAAUCGGCCUGCAAAAGCAACACAAUGGUUACACACUCAACGCAAAAAAAGCAAUCACUCCCAAGUUGGCUUACCAUCAGCUUCUGCUUGAGUGUCCGCAUGUUAUCCUUCACGUCUAGCUCCACCGUCAGCGUCUGCCCCUCCAGCUUCCACUGAGCGUUGUCUGGAUCGUUUGGAACCUUGACAACCAAUCGAACCAUUCCCUGUUUGCAAAGCAAACGAACACGUUAGUGUGAGCAAUCCAAGUGUCAGUCGAACAAAUAUCAAGCAAAACCAACCGGAUGUCGUGAAGCAAACUCCUUUUCCGGCAUCAGUGACGACCCGCCAGUACGCUGCCUCUUUGCUGCUGGUUCAAGAUCUUCGCCUGGAGGCCCCGAAACGCCAGGAGGACCGGCAGCGAUGCCGGGUGGACCACUGCUCAUUCCCGGCGGCAUAGAGCCUAAUGCUUGCAUGUGCGGGGGAACCAAACCAGGAGAACCAGCAUUCGGAGGCAUCAUACCAGGCACCAUACCAUGAGUUGGCAUGGAAGCUCCCAUCCCGAGCGGUACUACACCAGGCGGCAUCAUCAUCGGAGCCGAAGCCAUUGGGGCCGACAUUGCUGGUGUUGGCUGAGAAAGUAGUGUACUUGUUGGCAUCUGUCCAAGGUCCGUGAAUUCAGUGGACAUCGGAACCUGUUGACCUUGAAAAGUGUCUGAAGAAGGGACCGUUUUUUCUUCCUCGUCGGAGUCUUCCUCCAUGCCGUCCUCCUGUUGUUGCUGUUGUUGCUGAUGUUGUGGCUCUGCAACAGUUGGCGCUGUAGUCGCUUUCAUCAAGCGCGCUUCUUCUUCAGCUGAAGACGCAAAGAUAUCUGCACGCUUCGUUGCAAAGCGUCGUAGGGAGUCUGCGAUCGCCGAUCCUGCCGCGUAUGAGCUCUCCUUCUGCUUCUCUAAGUGACGCUGCGUUUCCUCGCGCCAUUUCGGGUUCAUCAACAGAAUGCGCAUAUGCUCGUUGGCCUCAGCAGAUGACAGAGUCUUGCCAUCCACGCUCAGUAACGGUUGCUGCGCUGUCGCCGCUGUGGCUUGUGGCACGUAGUCCUCGACCACCUUAAUCUCCGGCUUCGGCUCG